CAUUGAGUGGGGCCGUACACCGACGACGUCACGAUGAAGUUUCUUAUCACCGCAAUCCUGGGCCUGGCAAUCGCCGCAUUCGUAAGCGAGGCGACUCCUGGAUAUUAUGGACGCAGCUAUGGAAUAGGCGGUUACAUGGGCGGGGGCGGUUACGGUGGUGGAAUGGGCUCCGGCGGCUAUGGAGGUUUCAUGGGCGGGGGCGGUUACGGUGGCGGAAUGGGCUCCGGCGGCUAUGGAGGUGGCAUGGGCGGGAUUGGCGGUUACGGUGGCGGAAUCGGUUCCGGCGGCUAUGGAGGUUACAUGAGAGGCAUUGGCGGAGGCGGCUACGGUGGCGGAGGCUACGGUGGCUAUGGAGGUGGUGGUUAUGGAGGCGGAUAUGGAAGUGGUAUUGGAAUGGGUGGUUACGGAGGCGGUGGAUAUGGUGGCGGAGGCUACGGUGGCUAUGGAGGUUACAUGGGCGGGAUUGGCGGUUACGGUGGCGGAGGCUACGGUGGCUCUGGAGGUGGUGGUUAUGGAGGCGGAUAUGGAAGUGGUUUUGGAAUGGGAGGUUACGGAGGCGGUGGAUAUGGUGGCGGUGGAUAUGGCGGCGGUGGAUAUGGUGGAUUUCGUACGGGAGCUUACUGCAAAUGCCGAAAGAGGUGCAGCUGGAAACAGAAGUUUGUUGGUCGUUGCCCAUGGUGCAAGAAGGGCUGUAAACUUGUGCUCUGCUGCAGAAGGAGGUGGCACUAAGCUCCUAGCGACAAGACCGGAUUGUUUCAAGGACAACGACUUGAUUUUCUUUUGUAAAUAUGUUGAAGUCAAAUAUUAGUAAUAAAGCAUCGAAUUCGCAA